AGAGAGAGAGAGAGAGAGUCUUCGAGAGUUUACCAAUUUCUGUGACGUAGAACUUCCUUCAUUAUUGAAAUAGAUAUACACCGAAGACUUUGGAGAGAGAGAGAGAUUCAUCUCAAAUGGCUACUGAUUUUCCAGUUGCUCCACUCCAUCAAGAUGCUAGUACUUCUCGGCUCAAAAUAACUAGUGUUAAGGCUCUAGCUGAAUCUUCCAACCUCACUUCCAUUCCCUCCCACUACGCCUUCACCACCUCCACUUCCGGUGAUCAGGCUGUUCAUUCCGAACACGAUGACUCCAUCCCCGUCAUCGACUUCUCUCUCCUCUCCUCGAGUAAUCCCGAUCAACAGUCUAAAGUCAUCUCGGAUCUUGCAAAGGCUUGUCAAGACUGGGGCUUCUUCAUGGUGAUCAACCACGGCGUGCCCGAGAGCCAAAUGAAGGCGACGGUUGACGCAUUCAAGCGAUUUUUCGAUCUGACAGAGGAAGAGAAGAGGGAGUUCCAAGGGAAGCACGUGUUGGACCCCAUAAGAUGCGGGACGAGCUUCAAUCCUUCGGUCGACAAAGUAUUCUUCUGGAGAGAUUUUCUGAAGGUGAAGGUGCAUCCAGAGUUUCACUUCCCUACUAAACCAGAAGGCUUGAGUGAGGUUUUAGCACAGUACUCUGGGGCGGUCCGGAAAUUAGCUAGGGGACUGCUCAAGGGUAUAUCGGAGAGCCUAGGACUCGAACCGGGCUAUAUCGACGAGGCAAUGAACAUGGAUUCGAGCCUACAGAUAUUAACAGCGAAUCUGUAUCCACCGUGCCCACAGCCAGAACUCGCUAUGGGCAUACCUCCACACUCGGACCACGGCCUGUUGACCAUCCUCAUGCAGAAUGGAAUUGGCGGCCUCCAAGUGCACCACGGCGGGAAGUGGGUCAACGUCGAUCCCUUUCCGAAUGCCUUUUUGGUCAACACCGGUGAUCACCUCGAGAUUAUAAGCAACGGGAAAUACAAGAGUGUUCUGCAUCGAGCUGUUGUAAACAACAAGGCUACACGGAUGUCGAUCCCUCAAUCUAUCGGACCAUCGCCCAACACAGUCGUGGCACCAGCGGAGCUGUUAGUAGAUGGUGAGAACAAUCGAGCCCUGUACAUCGCGAUGAAAUACAAGGACUACCUGGAACUUCAACAGAGCAAUGUACUCGAUGGGAAAUCGUGCCUGAAAUGGGUGAAGAUAUGAUUUUGUGCAGCCUGAACUAUUAUGCUGUAUCCCGUAAAAUUGGAUGUGUGAUUGGGUUCUGCUUCUUGACUGUUUGGACUCUUUGGAGUGCAACUUUAUGGAACGUUUAAUACUAUGUGAUGCAAGGUCCAAGAACCAUAUAGCACUGAUGCAUGUAAGCUGCUCCAUUCUGUGAUGUAUCUUCUUGACAUAACAAAUGGAAGGGAGAGCUUCAUUAUGUCUGAUUAAA